ACACACACGGUGCAGUGAACGCACACACACAAGUCGCAUGCUUCUGCCCACCGGCCCACAGACCCGCGCUGGCAUCGCAGAGGGCAGCCCUUAUCUCUCUCUCUCUCUCUUCACAUCUCUCUCUCUUUCUUCACACUAUACUGUUCAGUCUUCAGUGCAGCUCGAAUCACAGAGUACCUCUGCAUUCACAUCGUACCUCCAUCACCUUCACCCAGAAGCACCUCAACCAGACAAGAGGAGUAGCCAGAUUCAGGUUUAUUUGACCCACAUUCUGGACUGAGGACUCUUACUAAUGUUGAAAAGCUUCUUUAAUCUGAUUUAAAGCUUUCCCUGAGAGCAGGAUUUUUUUUUUUUUCUCAGUAACACGGAAAAAUAAAACCCAAAGUCACACACUCACCAUGGCGACAACAGGGAUGCAGCUCCUUGGAUUGAUCAUGUCUAUUGUCGGUUGGGUUUGCGGCUUCCUGGUGUGCAUGUUGCCCAUGUGGCGCGUCACGGCCUUCAUUGGCAACAACAUUGUGACAGCGCAAAUCACGUGGGAGGGCCUGUGGAUGAACUGCAUCGUGCAGAGUACUGGUGAGAUCCAGUGCAAGGUGUAUGACAGUAUGCUUGCGCUGCCCAGUGAUAUGCAGGCGGCACGUGGCCUUACCGUGUUCUCCAUCUUGAUCUGCACCCUGGCUCUGGCUCUUGGCAUCCUGGGAAUCAAGUGCACCAAGUGUGUGGGUCAGCCAAGCUUGGAGGCACGGCUGGCUCGCAUCUCCGGCAUACUCUUCGCCGUUGCGGGGUUCCUCUACCUAGUGCCCAUUUGCUGGACGGCCCACUCCAUCAUUAAGGAUUUCUACAACCCGUACGUUGCGGCGCCGCACAAGCGUGAACUCGGCCCUGCGCUCUACCUGGGAUGGGGAGGCUCGGGCCUGCUGCUCAUCGGCGGAUCUCUGCUCUAUGCUGGCUCCAGCCCUCCCGGCAUUCCCUCGUCGCCCACCUUCAGCAGCGGAGAGAGCAGCCCGCGCCGAGCCGGGGGUAGCACACAGGUCAAAGGUUACGUUUAACAAGAGGUCGCGCUUGAGCCCAUACCGAUCUCCUCUGCUAGUUUUCCCCAUCGUCAUACACUCCAGUUAAUGUUAAUGUAUUUUUUUAUUAUUCACUGUCACUGUUAAUGCCUGACUAUGAAGAGUGAAGGAAAAAAAUGUCAUUUAUUUCAGUUUAUCAUCCUCUUGUGUCGUAGUAUAACCCUCUCUUUCUCUCUCUAUCUUUUUGUGUAUUUAUUCAUGUAUGGAAAAAAAUAAAGACAUCCUCCAAAAGCCUGUCCUGAUAUAACGUGUUAGCUGUGGAAAAAUGCAAGGUGAUCAAUUAAGAUUGGAAUCAGCUAUGUUCAAACACCAAUCUUUAUGGGGAUACAUUUACUGCAUUUCACUGACGCCCUUAUUGAGAGUGACUUACAACUGUGCAGUUAACGGGUUGCAGUGGCAGUUCAGUGAUUCUUGAUGGUGCUGAGAUUUGAACCUGUGACCUUCUGAUCCAGAGUGGACUGCAUCUACUAUCAGCCUAUGCUUGUCACAUGACCUAGUCACAUGCCACUGAUUACUUUUGUUCCUUGUCACCUUUAUUGAGAACAUAUCAGCCUCAGGCAUGAACAUGGCUUAGGAGAGAUUCAAAUGCAUGUGCUAAUUACGAUAUUGGUGAUCAGUGACGUGAUUAUGUCAUGCGAUGUGCAGAGGCUUAUGGGAGACGUGGUCCUGUGGCUCCAUGCAUAAUCCUGACAACAUACGUACAUAUCUUUUAUAUAUUUUUGUCAGAGAACCUGGGGAAUGUUAUAUGCAGACCACAAAGAGCUUAUCAAGUAUGAUUAAAUAGAUAAGAAAUAUGCCAUGUCUAGCUCAACUUUUCCUUUUAUAGAUACAAUUCAAUUGAAAUGUGUGAAA